GCCACUAUAUGUACGUGGACUCUGUCUAUGUGAAGCACUUCCAGGAGGUGGCCCAGCUCAUUUCCCCAGUGACCACAGCCCCCAUGUCUGGCUGCCUCUCGUUCUAUUAUCAGCUUCAGCAGGGGAAUGACAAUGUCUUCUCCCUUUACACUCGGGAUAUGACUGGCCUAUACGAGGAGAUCUGGAAAGUGGACAGUCCAGGCAGUGCUGCCUGGAACCUUGCAGAGGUGGAGUUCAGUGCUCCUUACCCCAUGGAGGUUAUUUUUGAAGUUGCUUUCAAUGGUCCCAAAGGAGGCUAUGUGGCCCUGGAUGAUAUUUCUUUCUCUCCUGUUCAUUGCCAAAAUCAGACAGGGCUUCCUUUCAGUGCUGUGGAAACCAGCUGUGACUUUGAGGAAGACCUCUGCAACUUUUAUCAAGACAAAGACGGUCCCGGUUGGACCAGAGUGAGAGUGAAACCCAACAUGUAUCGGAUUGGGGAUCACACAACAGGAGCAGGGCAUUACCUGUUGGCCAACACUAAAUUUACGUCUCAACCUGGCUACAUUGGAAGGCUUUACGGUCCCUCCUUACCAGGAAACAUGCAGUACUGUGUGCGUUUUCAUUAUGCCAUCUUUGGGUUUUUGAAAAUGAGUGACACCCUAGCGGUUUAUAUCUUUGAAGAAAACCAUGUGGUUCAAGAGAAGAUCUGGUCUGUGCUCGAGUCCCCGAGGGCUGUUUGGAUGCAAGCUGAAAUCAGCUUUAAGAAGCCCAUGCCCACAAAGGUGGUUUUUAUGAGCCUAUGCAAAAGCUUUUGGGAUUGUGGACUUGUAGCCUUGGAUGACAUUACCAUACAACUGGGAAACUGCCGGUCUCCAGAGAGACUUCCACCUCCACCUGGAGAGUGCACUUUCGAUCAAGAUGAAUGUGCCUUUACACAGGAGAAAAGAAACCGGAGCAGCUGGCACAGGGGGAGAGGAGAAACACCCACCUCUUACACAGGACCCAAGGGAGAUCACACUACUGGGGUAGGCUACUACAUGUAUAUCGAGGCCUCUCACAUGGUGGUCGGACAAAAAGCACACCUCUUGUCCUGGCCACUGAGAGGUGUCCCUGGGAAACACUGCCUGACUUUUUUCUACCACAUGUAUGGAGCAAGAACUGGCCUGCUGAGCGUUUUUUUGAAAAUAGAAGAAGAGAGUAAAGAGUCCCUGUUGUGGAGAAGACGAGGAGAGCAGAGCAUCUCCUGGCUACGGGCACGGGUUGAAUACAGCUGCAGGACGCAACACCAGAUAAUUUUUGAAGCCAUUCGAGGAGGGUCAAUAAGAAGUGAUAUUGCCAUUGAUGAUGUUAAAUUUCAGGCAGGACCAUGUACAGAAAUGGAAGAGACAACUCAACAAUCAUCAGGAUAUUCUGAAGACUUAAAUGAAAUUGAGUAUUAAGAAAUUAUAUACAUUGGAUUAAGUAGACAAAAUUUGUACCUCUCUUCAAUCAAAGUGAAAACAGAAGAAAUGGAUACUGGAUGUUCUUAACUAUUGAAUAAGUUGAAAUGACUUUGGAACACCCCCUUUUGUUAUUUUUGAAAAUAUAUAUGUAUAUUGACUCAGGGCUUACCUUUUUUAUUCCCCAGCACAUUUGACAACUGUUACUAGAAGUACAGGCUACUGGUUUUACAUAGACCAUUUCAUCUUAAUUUUGGUGCCAGUUAAAAAUGCAACCGUGCUAUGUUAAAGUCAUUUCAAAGUGCACAUAUAAAGGGCAUAAUCAAGAUGAAUGUGCUUAUUUAAGUCUGCAUUCAGUGAAUGUAUUGGAAGACUAGGUAUUGAUGGUUUUCCUUUUGAGUUUCAAGUACAAAAAUUUUUCUUAAAUAAUGCAAGGUGUCGGUAAUAUCUGCAAAAUGAAUGCAGUUUUUUUAUGGUGACACAUUACUCUGGAAAUAAAGCCUCAUUUGUGUAUUUUAUUCAUAGAAAAAAGCUAUAAAUCUUUAGUAUUUCACCAUAGGUAUAGGAAAGGAGCUUUCAUGGAGCCCCAAGGUAAGUCCAUACUAAUUAACGCUGUAGUACAAGGCGAGCUACCUUUAUUGCUCUCCCUUUGAACUACCUUGGACAGUCACUAUGAGCACAUGGACAGAAAUGUACCUUUUCAAUAAGACAAGCUUGAAUUUUUCAUGUAUACAUAACCAACAAUUUUUAUAAACUUGUUUAACAAUUUGACUGAUUUUUAUAAUAAAUGUUUUGGUGAAGUUUUGAGUAAUAUGAGUUCAACUAUAUUUACUAAACUAUUGUUUUCUAUUUACUAAGAGAAUUGUAUAUAUGUGUGCAGUUUAGUGGCCAAGUAGCUGUUGUGAAACUUCAAAAUUACCUAAUAAAAGAUAAUUUGAAACUCCUUUCAUUAACAAUUAA